UCGUUAGAGUGUCUAAUUGAUUAAUAUGGAGUCUGAAACGAAGUUAUAAACUGUUUCCGUUAUUUGUGUUAACGGCUACUCCAUCAAUAUAUCAAUAGCUCCACCGCCACCUCCACCCCUGGCUUGUUACGUGUCGCAGACGAUUACGCGAUAUAUGUAUAUGUACAUCUGAAUAUAUUCUGGAAAGAAACAAGUUUUAUUGGUUAGAAAAGUGCUGUGUGUGUGCGUCUCUCCCCUCCCUCCGCUUGGUCCCCCCGCUCUCCGAUAGAGGUAACAGCAUCGCGAGCGCGCGCUGAUUGCAUUCUAACGGUAAAACGAGUACGACUCUCCAAUCUCGACUCUGACUCUGACUCUGUCUGUCGUCUUGGCCCGGCCCGGCCUGGCCUAUACGCUGGCCUAUUGCAGCAUCCACAACAACAAUAACAACAACAACAACAACACAACAAUUGCAACCGUAACUAAGUAGCAUACAAGUUGUGAGUUUUGCUUUGUGCUAAUCUUCUCAAUUUAUGCCUCUUGUUCUUCGAUGACGAUGCAAAGUGCAAGAAAGCCAACAUUUUCCAGCUAAACAAAAAAAAAAAGAAUAGAAGAAAAGAAGAAUAAGAAAAGAGGCUAAAGAAAUAUGAAAAGUGUGUGGACAUUUUGAGAACAUUCUGCAUUUGGCCCAAUUUCAAUGUCGUGUCAUUAAUCGCAUAUGCAACGCUCCAAAUUGGAUUUCGACUUGGCCUAGAACUGUAAACGGCACAUACAGAAAAAGAGAACGAGUGAUAGCUCCACGUUGCAGCGACACCAACACCAACAACAGCAAUUUCAAAUGGCGCCCAGCGUGUGUGAAACCUCGCCCAAAUUGCCACCUCACAAUGCGGCAGGUGGACAAACUCAGACCCAGACUCAAACACAGUCACAGACACAGAUUUCCAAUCCUGCUUCGGCUCUCUCCAGUGUCAAAUGUGGUGCCAGCAGCUUGAAUGGUUCAUUGGCAUCCUAUAAAAUGGCCGGAUCUGAGCAGAGUUGGCCACAGGCACCAGUAUACAGCAAGGAGAAUCAACGUCCACCUGUUUACAAUCCCGAAGACUACGUGCAAUCCUUGCGCAAGUUUACCAAAGGCAGCGGUGCCUCCAAAGUGCAAUCCAUCUACGAUGUCAACAUCAACGGCAACUCCAACAACAAGGAGGAUGUCUAUAAAGCCGCCACAUUGCCAGCCAAACACUCCGGCUACAAAAGUCCCAUUCCGGCGCCACCUGAAAGCGACAGCGAAAUGUCCCUGCGACAGUUUGGUUCCAUCACCGAUCUUCUCACCAAACUGCGCGCUGAUCUGCGAGUGUCUUUCCCCAGCUUUGUCCAAGAAUUUGUGGCCACCCCUUCCGAUGGCAUCAGUCACUUGCUGGAGGUGCUGCGAGCCAUUCAAAUGGCACAGGCCAGCAAUGCACCUGCUCCGCUGGCUGGUGGCACCAAUUCUCUGGCCAUGUCACGCAAUCCACAGAGCUAUCAACGCCGAGCACUGCUCGACGAGCUCUCCUGCCUACAAUGCCUGAGCAUUUGCUGUUCCCGAUCUCUGGAUGCCAUAGCCCGCUUAGGCAAUACACCAGUUGGUCUAAUGCCGCUUGCUUCGUCGGCCACCGGACAAGGCAUACGUGGACGCAUCCUGGCGCUGCAGCUGCUCGCCUCCGCCUGCGAUCGUCAGCCAUUUGGCCAGGGCAAUGGUGGGCAGAAGAUCAGCGCCGCUGGACACACAGCCGUCUCAGAGGCCAUGUCCACACUGCGAUUGCGAUGCAGUGAACCUGUCCGUUUCCGUCUGCUCAUUGGGAUACUCAACAGCGGCGGCGGUUCCGGCGAAUUGCAGUGCGCGGGAAUCAAAUUCCUCAACACAUUCAUCGAGAGCGCUGUCAGUUUGCAGCAGCGCCUGUACAUUCAAGCGGAGCUCUUCCAGGCGGGCCUGGAAACCAGCACGCUGGCCAGAACCAUCUCCUCCUCGUCUCCCUGGCUGGACGCGCUUCGCGGCGAGAUCAAGCGCUUCAAUGAGCUCCACAUCGAUGUGGACAAGAUGCUGGCCCAGGCACGCGAUGCCGAUCGUGUGCGCAGUCAAAUGGUCAUAUUGGAGCGACGUGUCCAGAUCUUGCACGAGGAGAAGACCGUGCUCACAUCCAUGGAACGUCGUCUGCAAGAACGCUGUGCCGAGCUGCAAAGGGAGAUCUUUCGGCUGCAGGGAGCACAAGAGUCUGGCUUCAAGCCCGUGGAAUCUCAUCAGCCUGUCGCCUUGCCACGUCAGGUGCCGCCCACAUCCACAUUGCCCGGAGGCAGCAAGCAGAGCUGCUCGGAGCACGAGGAUGAGGGCAUCAGCAGCUCCGAGACGGGCGCCUCACUGAGUCCAGUGCCCAUUCUGGUGCUGCCCUCCAAGACGAAGCAUCACAAGCAGUCUCGCAAGUCGAAGCUGGAGGAGGAUGACGACGAUGCUGCCACAAUUGAGGAUGUCAUCGAGGAGCUGGACAACAUUGUCAGCGAGGCGGAGAAACAGAUCUCCAGCCAAGCCUCCAGUCAGGUCAAAUCCCAUCAGCGUGCCGUGGAACAGGAGCAGGACAUUGUUCCGGUGAACAUUGUGCCUCAGCCGCCACGCAAGUCCCGAUCUCUGGCCCAUCUUGUGCCCCGCACAGACUGCUCCGAGCAGGAAGGCUCCCAAUAUGGCAUGUUGAUGCUGCAUCCAUCGGGGGAUUCCACUGCUGUGGAAAGACUGGCUGCCAUGCAGACCUUCUUCGAUGAGGUGGACUAUAAUGCAACCGAUGGAGAUCAGCAUCAAUCCUAUGUGAUGGAUGUGCCCUCGCCGGAUAUGCCCGAGACGGAGGCGAACACCACGGCAACGGCAUACAAUGCGAGCAUCAAUCGGGAGCUGCUCGAUGUCAUCAUGAAUGCGCGGCACGAUGAGCACGAUCCGACCAUGUUGGCACUGAGGAACAGCACCCAAAAUGCCGUGCAGGUCGAGAGGCAAUCAUUCACAAAGCCAGCAGCUCCAGCGCCGCCUGCUCAGCACUUCAAUGGCGUCUUCUUCAUGACGGGCAUGAAUACACCUCAAAAGUAUCCCAAACCGGAUCUCACAGCGGCUCUGCAGGCACGCAGAGUGACCAAGAAUGUGGAACGCCUCGAGGCGGCCUUUGCCUCCUCAACCCACGAUCCCUCCCAGGAUGCCAACAUGGUCAGGGAGAAAUCACGCAGCAAUCAGCAGAUCUACUUCAGCAGCAACCCUGCAAUGAGAAUGCACGACUACCCUGCCACAGCUCAAAUAUCCGGCAAUGCUUCCGCCCGUACACGAUCCUACACUCAAGGCUCCAAGGUCACCGAUCUUCCUUCUGGCCUUUAUUGAACUCUCUCCUCGUUUAGAUACUUUAGCUGCUGUGCAAUACAAAGCAAUCCUAGCUAUAAGCAGAAUACUGAACAUCCAAUUUCAAUCAGCAUACCUAAUUAUAUAUAUCUAGUAUAAUAUAGUAUUUCUUAGCUUAGAUUCGGUGGCAGCUUCAAUCGGGUCCCUAACCUUAAGUCAGUUGGUAUUAGUUGACUUCUAGGCUAAUCAUUUCUAUGCUUAAUCUUACAACAUAUUUAUACUAUUUUUGUUUAAACAAAUAUACAAAUAAAUCUUUUAUUUUACAAUGAA